GAGCCCUCGCCCGGCAGGGAGGCGCGCGCUGCUUGACGGGAUACUCGGUCCGCCUACCUAGUCAUCUCGUCCAGUGCUGCGUUCGCGAGAUCCGUGUUUCUCCCAAGAUGGUGGCCCUCCUCUCUGGGUGACUACAGGAGUCGACAGGGCCUUUCGUCUUUCCCCAGCCCCUCGCCGCCCCUCCUUGCUCGCUCGCGCACCGCCUCGUUACGCCUCUCUUCUGUCGACCGGUCGCGGACGGUGACGCCUCCUUCUGCUUCUUUUCGGAGUGGCUCGCCGCCCUCGCCCCCCACUGUGGACAGAUCGCGGCAGCAGCGGUUCAGCGCCGACUUCAAGGUUGCCCAGGCGCCCGGCCUCCCGGCCUCGGUUUCCUGAGGAGAAGCGCGGGUCCCGCAUGAGACCCGGCGGUGGCGCCAGCGAAAGGGAACGAGGCGGUGGCGGGCGGCGGCGGUGGACGAGGGCGACAAGGACCAGUGAGGCGGCUGCAGCUGCGAGGGCCGCAGCCCACGCGCGGGGGCGAGGACAGGUUAAAAAUCUGUAAGAGCCUGAUUUUAGAGUUCACCAGUUCCUCAGAAGUUUGGCGAAAUAUGAAUUAUUAAGCCUACGUUCAGAUCAAGUUAGCAGCUAGACUGGUGUGACAACCUGUUUUUAAUCAGUGACUCAAAGCUGUUAUCACCCUGAUGUCACCGAAUGGCCACAGCUUGUAAAAGAUCACCAGGAGAACCCCAGUCUGAGGACAUUGAAGCUAGCCGAAUAGAAUUCCAUGGGCUGCCAAGGUUUAUUCUGCAGAAGGAAGCGAGCAGCUGCAAAGCAUCUAAUAGAACGCUACUACCAUCAGUUAACUGAGGGCUGUGGAAAUGAGGCCUGCACGAAUGAGUUUUGUGCUUCCUGUCCAACUUUUCUUCGUAUGGAUAACAAUGCAGCAGCUAUUAAAGCCCUUGAGCUUUAUAAAAUUAAUGCAAAACUCUGUGAUCCUCAUCCCUCCAAGAAAGGAGCAAGCUCAGCUUACCUUGAGAACUCAAAAGGUGCAUCUAACAACUCAGAGAUAAAAAUGAACAAGAAGGAAGGAAAAGAUUUUAAAGAUGUGAAUUACCUAACUGAAGAGAUAGUAUAUGAAAUUUAUGAAUUAUGUAGAGAGAGUGAGGAUUACUCCCCUUUAAUUCGUGUAAUUGGAAGAAUAUUUUCUAGUGCUGAGGCACUGGUUCAGAGCUUUCGGAAAGUCAAACAACACACUAAGGAGGAAUUGAAAUCUCUUCAAGAAAAGGAUGAGGACAAGGAUGAAGAUGAAAAGGAAAAGGCCGCGUGUUCUGCUGCUGCUAUGGAAGAAGACUCAGAAGCAUCUUCUUCAAGGAUGGGUGAUAGCUCACAGGGAGACAACAAUGUACAAAAAUUAGGUCCUGAUGAUGUGACUGUGGAUAUUGAUGCUAUUAGAAGGGUCUACAGCAGUUUGCUCGCUAAUGAAAAAUUAGAAACUGCCUUCCUGAAUGCACUUGUAUAUCUGUCACCUAACGUGGAAUGUGAUUUGACAUAUCAUAAUGUGUAUACUCGAGAUCCUAAUUAUCUCAAUUUGUUCAUUAUUGUAAUGGAGAAUAGUAAUCUCCACAGCCCUGAAUAUCUGGAAAUGGCAUUGCCAUUAUUUUGCAAAGCUAUGUGUAAGCUACCCCUUGAAGCUCAAGGAAAACUGAUUAGGCUGUGGUCUAAAUACAGCGCUGACCAGAUUCGGAGAAUGAUGGAAACAUUUCAGCAACUUAUUACCUACAAAGUCAUAAGCAAUGAAUUUAAUAGCCGAAAUCUAGUGAAUGAUGAUGAUUCCAUUGUUGCUGCUUCAAAGUGUUUGAAAAUGGUUUACUAUGCAAAUGUAGUGGGAGGGGAUGUGGACACAAAUCAUAAUGAGGAAGAUGAUGAAGAGCCCAUACCUGAGUCCAGCGAAUUAACACUUCAGGAGCUUCUGGGAGAUGAAAGAAGAAAUAAGAAAGGUCCUCGAGUGGAUCCAUUAGAAACCGAACUUGGUGUUAAAACUCUAGACUGUCGAAAACCACUCAUCUCCUUUGAAGAAUUCAUUAAUGAACCACUGAAUGAUGUUCUAGAAAUGGACAAAGAUUAUACUUUUUUCAAAGUUGAAACAGAGAACAAAUUCUCUUUUAUGACCUGUCCCUUUAUACUGAAUGCUGUCACAAAGAAUCUGGGAUUAUAUUAUGACAAUAGAAUUCGCAUGUACAGUGAGAGAAGAAUCACUGUUCUUUACAGCCUAGUUCAAGGACAGCAGUUGAAUCCGUAUUUGAGACUCAAAGUCAGACGUGACCAUAUUAUAGAUGAUGCACUGGUCCGGCUAGAGAUGAUUGCUAUGGAAAAUCCUGCAGAUUUGAAGAAGCAGUUGUAUGUAGAAUUUGAAGGAGAACAAGGAGUAGAUGAGGGAGGCGUUUCCAAAGAAUUUUUUCAGUUGGUUGUGGAGGAAAUCUUUAAUCCAGAUAUUGGUAUGUUCACAUAUGAUGAAGCUACAAAAUUAUUUUGGUUUAAUCCAUCUUCUUUUGAAACUGAGGGUCAGUUUACUCUGAUUGGCAUAGUCCUGGGUCUGGCUAUUUACAAUAACUGUAUACUGGAUGUCCAUUUUCCCAUGGUUGUGUACAGGAAGCUAAUGGGGAAAAAAGGAACCUUUUGUGACUUGGGAGACUCUCACCCAGUUUUAUAUCAGAGCUUAAAGGAUUUAUUGGAAUAUGAAGGGAAUGUGGAAGAUGAUAUGAUGAUCACUUUCCAGAUAUCACAGACAGAUCUUUUUGGUAACCCAAUGAUGUAUGAUCUAAAAGAAAAUGGUGAUAAAAUUCCAAUUACAAAUGAAAACAGGAAGGAAUUUGUCAAUCUCUAUUCAGACUACAUUCUCAAUAAAUCUGUUGAAAAACAAUUCAAGGCGUUUCGUAGAGGUUUUCAUAUGGUGACUAAUGAAUCGCCCUUAAAAUACUUAUUCAGACCAGAAGAAAUUGAAUUGCUUAUAUGUGGAAGCCGGAAUCUAGAUUUCCAGGCACUAGAAGAAACUACAGAGUAUGACGGUGGCUAUACGAGAGAAUCUGUUGUGAUUAGGGAGUUCUGGGAAAUUGUUCAUUCGUUUACAGAUGAACAGAAAAGACUCUUCCUGCAGUUUACAACGGGCACAGACAGAGCACCUGUUGGAGGACUGGGAAAAUUAAAGAUGAUUAUAGCCAAAAAUGGCCCAGACACAGAAAGGUUACCUACAUCUCAUACUUGCUUUAAUGUCCUUUUACUUCCGGAAUAUUCAAGCAAAGAAAAACUUAAAGAGAGAUUGUUGAAGGCCAUCACAUAUGCCAAAGGAUUUGGCAUGCUGUAAACAAAACAAAAACAAAAAGAAAAGAAAAAGAAAAAAUUACAAAAAUAAAUAUAAGAGGGAUAAUUUGAUGGUAAUAAUGUCCCAGUACAAAAAGGCUGUAAGAUAGUGAACCACAGUAGUCAUCUAUGUCUGUGCCUCCCUUCUUCAUUGGGGACAUUGUGGGCUGGAACAGCAGAUUUCAGCUGCAUAUAUGAACAAAUCCUUUAUUAUUAUUAUAAUUAUUUUUUUGCGUGAAAGUGUUACAUAUUCUUUCACUUGUAUGUACAGAGAGGUUUUUCUGAAUAUUUAUUUUAAGGGUUAAAUCACUUUUGCUUGUGUUUAUUACUGCUUGAGGUUGAGCCUUUUUGAGUAUUUAAAAUAUAUAUACCAACGAAACUAUUCUCGCAAGGAAAAUAUUGCCACCAUUUGUAGAACAUGUAAUCUUCAAGUAUGUGCUAUUUUUUGUCCCUGUAUCUAAGUCAAAUCAGGAACUUUUUUUUUUCUAACAAUUUGCUUUUGAAACUUGAAGUCAAGGAAACAGUCUGGUGCAAGUACUGCUGUUCUAGCCCCCAAAGAGUUUUCUGUACAAAACUUUGAGAAUCAAUAAAGAUGGAAGGGAGAACUUGGAAUGUUUGAACCACAGCCCUCAGAACUUUAGUAACAGCACAACAAAUUAAAACAACUCAUGCCACAGUAUGUUGUCUUCAUGUGUCUUGCAAUGAACUGUUUCAGUAGCCAAUCCUCUUAGUAUAUGAAAGGACAGGGAUUUUUUGUUGUUGUUGUUGUUGUUGUUGUUGUUGUUGUUGUUUUUGUUGUUGUUUUUGUUUUUUAAGUUUACUGGGGAAAGUGCAUCUGGCCAAAUGAUAGGAAAGUAAAGCCUAUUAUAACAAAAUUAGGAAGUUUGUUGUAUAAAUAAGCAUGUAAAAGUGCACUUAAAAUGAAUCUUUAUUAUUACUGAGAUUUUAAAUAGACAAUCCAAAGUCUCCCCUUCUGUUGCCAUCAUCUUGUUUAAUCAACUAUUUUUCAAGGCACUCGAUCAGUGUUGCAGCAUAACAGAAAGUACAGCUACUGUGCCUUGUGUUACUUAUUUACACAGUAAACAGGCCUGGAAAUGAAUGGAACUAGUACUCCUAAGAAUUAAAUUGUAUAUCCCCCAAAUUAAAAUUUACUUCAAAGUGUUAAAGAUUUCAUGUCCUAUAUUAAAGUACAAAUAGGCUUAAAUUACUGGAUAUUUAAUGUAGUUUCCCAUCCCUAGUCUUCUAUGUCUGUGAUGUUAAUUUCUUUUGUUGCAUAACAAAAUAAAAGAAUUAUGUAUUUUUAACUAAGGAGAGACAUACUGGUAUAUCAUUUUAUUACAAGCUACAGGUAACCUGUUGAGCUUGUGCCUUGAUUGUUUUAACAACUAGUGCAAAUCAACCUGAUGUUUUAAAUUGGCAGAGGAUUAAUUGUAGCUUUCAAAUAAUUGGAUGGGGAAAUUAUGUCUAUAAGGGUUAUUUUCUUUCCUGUAGUAGUUGAGACAGAGCUGUUAUUUACUGUAAUGCUAAAUGAAACAGUGGCUUAAAUACUUUAAUGGGAAAAGAGAAAACAGUGCGUUCCGUAUUGUGACAAGGUAACGUGAGGUUUUUUUUGUUUUGUUUUGUUUUCUUUUUUUUCUGAGCUAGCCUUUAGAACACUGUUGUGGUAUGUAUGCUACCUUGAUUAUAGGACCCCCUAAAUGUGACUAUAGUCAUCUUAAAGGGCAUCUCGUCCACUGUGCUUCUUAUGUAUUAUGAAAAUGAUAAGAAGACAAAUUAAGUGGGUAUAUUUUAUAAAAUAAAUUCAUGAAGAGAUUUGUGUUCUUCAGUUUAUUGUCACUACAGUAUUGAAGUAGUUGUGAUACUAUAUCUGUGUGAAAGUUUUCAAAUGAUAAUAUAGAUUAUCAAACAGAAGUAACAUCAAUAUAUUUAAAAGGAAGUGAAAAAAAUAAACCUAAAAAAUUUUCAGAGGUAAAAAUACACUCUCACUUGCUUCCUAAUCAGUUUUUCUCAGCAUGUUAUCACAUUAAUAUGGCUGCCUUUUCAUCAUUGCUUUACUAGAUUAUCAUAGAACAGUACUUACGAGUUAAAAAAGUACCUUUUAGUAUCGUAGAACAUUUCAAACUUAUGACAUAAAAGCACAGCCUGCAGCCAAACUUUUCUGGAAACUUGGCAGCUGCAGCAAACAAAUUGAGUGUACAUAUCGUGGUCUAUAGUUAAUUGUGUGAUCAAAUUCAUUUGCAGUAGCCUUACCUUUAUUUGGAAAUACAUCCCUGUGUAGGAACGUAUAUAUCAAAAGAAACCUAUAAAUGAGGCUUCAGAGAACUUGUUCACAUUAACAUGUGACACAUGCAUCAACUAGGCAGCAUCACUCCCUGUUUCUGUAAGUAAGGUGGCUAUGCUGAAAUCAACCUCUUUUAAAGAAUUUUUAUCUCAAGAAUCCACAUAACCUAGAGAAAGAAGUGUUUUACUGAGGCUACUCUUUGUGACAUUCAUUCUUUAACUGCUUAUCCCAAGUCGUAUUUUUAUCCUUUCCACCCUUCCCAAGGCCCUCAGAAUAAAAUAAUAAUAAUAAUAAUAAUAAUAAUAAUAACAACAACAACAACUUCCAUUUGCUGCUUCUCUUAUCUUCUUUUACUCAGAGUGUAAAACAGUCCCUGGUGUUUGAUAGGGAAAAUGUUUACACAAUAUAGACAGGCCUUUUUUUUUCCUCUUCUACUUUCAAAUCAGAAAAUUGACUUUGGUAACAGUUAUAAGAAUAUUUGGGUGCAUAUAUGUACUGCAUUUCACUAUGUAAAGGCUGCUAAUCCAGGAAUAUCUCACCGAAAAUGUACUUGCAAUGAUACUAAUAGUCUCCAUUUGCCACAGUAAAGAACUCUUGUUUUUAACCCUUAAUAGCCUUGCAGAGUUGGGCUACAGCUUCCCUGAAAGGCUCACUUUUCCAUCCCAACUCAUAGACACCUUGUAUGGAUACUCUCCUGAUUGUACCUAGAAGUACUCCUCUGAACUUUCUGUUCAACCUCAAUAAUUCCCAAAGAUUUUUCCCUCGUCUCAUGUCUUGUGGGUCUUAUAUCUUAUUAAAUCAGACCUGUAUUUCCAGGACAUCAUCCUGGUACCUCAAAGUCAAUACAGUAUAAAACAGUACCGAUAAAAACAAAAUUCUUAAACUUGUAUCUCCUAACCACUUCUUGUUACUUCCUUGAAAACUGUCAAUUUUUAGGCCUGGUGAGGUGGCUUAGUGGGUAAAGGUGCUCACUAUAUAAGACUUGACAUACUCUGCCUAGACCCCAUGUGAACAUGGAAGGGAAGAGCAACUCCACAAAGUUGUCCUCUGACCUUUCCAUGUAUACCAUAGCUUUUGCUGUUCCCUACUCUCUCACAGUUUAUGUGCAUAUUUAUGCAUGUUGUCAGUUAUUGUCUCUCAAACUUAUUUAAUUGUACUUUAUUUCAGUCCCUAAUCCUUUGAUUUACUCAGGUUAUAUUCCUGACUCUGAACUACUACUAAUUCUUAUCAUUCUCAUAAAGCACAUUUCUUUUCUGGUUUGUACGAGUACUUCCCCUUUGAAUAAAUUGUACAGAUGGAUUUCUGCAUAAUUUGCUAGUACGUCCUGUUCACCAGCAUCCCUUAUAUCAUUACUCAAAAAUCCUUUACUUAGAUUUACUUUAUACAACUCACAUAUUCUUCCAGUUGGAAAUUUGAAAGUAUCACGCUCAUAAAGAAUUCUAUUAGUUACAGUGUGCCUUCAUAGUGUAAUAGCAGCCUACAUAUCCCUGGUCACAGCCUGGUGAAUCACAUUUUUUUGGAACAGUUGAGGAGGCCUUCAGAAGUGCGUUCCCUUUCUUCUUCCUGUAUUUUAGCUUUGAUAUUGUCCCAUUAUUACUUGUUUUAAAGCAUCUUUCUUGUAUGGAAUCAGAGUAAAUUCACAGUGGAAAUUACCUUGUACUGAUCUUUCUGUCUCUUAGGCAGUAGGCAAAUAAUCAUUAAUCAAGAAGUACACACAUAUAUUUCUUGAAUAGAUUUUCUGGAGUCACUGUAUCAUAUCAGCCCCAGGAAAAAGAAGUCAGUAAGUUGGAAAAGACUAAAUGGUUGAAAGCAAGACAGUUUUGUAACUAUAUCCUGUCUUCUGGUAUACUCUUGACCACCUUCUUCAUGCCACUCAUACUCUCCCAGCAGUCAUGGCAACUGAUACCUUAAGUCGUUCUGUUAUUACUAACUAGUCCCUCAAAUUUUCAUGGAGGAAUCCUCCAGAUGCUGUUCUCUGUAAAUAUAUGUGAGUCAUAUUUAACAUUUUCUUAUACUUUGCUGCUCAAAAUCCUGUAAAUUCUGACAAGAAUUUUCAAUGACUGCUAAAUAUCUGUGCACAUGGUCCUUCAUUUUCACAAAACAAAUCAAUCACUGUAACUUUUGAGAGGUUAUACACCUUACCAAAAGUCAUACAGGCAGGAAAAGUUAUGACAAAUGGUAAGGGUGAGCCCACAUGACCACCUAAAUUUUGUCAUCUUCCUUUUGCAAAAACAAACAAAUGACUAAUUUAAACAACAAAUUAAGAUUCUUAAGCUGACAUGCAUGGAACCUGGGAUCAUUAUCCUGAUUUUCCAUUAGCCAAAAAUACAUAGAAAAUGAUAGGAAAUGUAUCUGGAAUAUAGUACCCAUUGGUUGAGGUUGUAGCCUUCAGUCAAAUGACUCUGAAUUUUAUUUUUGGCACUGCCAUCCCCUUGACUUGGAUUAUACCCACUCCUACCUUAUCUCUGGUUGUGUGGUUUCAGUGAAAUUACCAUGCAGAUGGUAGAUAACAUCUUGGAAUACAUCCUGAGAGCAGUUCUCCCAACAUUUGCUUGUUAACUUGAAAAAAAAAAAAGCGAGCAAGUUUGGAAAUGUCCGUAAUAAAGACUUAUUUUCUAAAAGCUGACCUUAUAUCAUCCACCUUUAAAUGGAAGAGAUGUGUUUUCCCACAUCUUUUAGAUAUAAUUCACAUAGUAUAAAAAUUUGCCAUUUUAAAAUGUGUAAAAUUUGUGGUUAUAGUAUAUUCACAGAGUUGUGAAAUUGUCUUUAUAAAAUUCCAGAGCAUUUUCAUCGCUGUAAAAAGUUUUCUGUAUUCGUUAGGAGUGACUGCUUGUUCUUAGCCCCAGCCCCUGGCAACUACUCAUCUUCGUAUGCCUAUGAAUUUGCCUAUUUUGGUCAUUUUAUGUUAAUGGAGUCAUACAAUAUGUGGCCUUUUUGUCUGUUUUGCCAUCUUCUCCAAAGUGAUGAGUUCAAACUGCAUCCAUGUUGUAGCAUGGACUGGUACUGUUUCUUUUGUGGCUGAAUAUUGUCAUUGUAUUGAUAUACUGUAUUUUUUGCUUGUCCACUUGGUGUGCGUUCAUGUGUUCUUUCUGCUUUUUGCAUAUUAUGAAUACAACUAUGAACACUUUGUGUAGAUGUUUUCAUUUCUCUUAUGUCUUUUAAGCAUCUUAUGGUUUUAGUUCUUAAAUUUAGGUCUUUGAUCCAUUUUUGCAUGUGGUGCAUUGUAGGGAUCCAGGUUCAUUCUUAAAUAUGUGGAUAUCUAGUAGAACAAUACCUAAUUGUUAUAAAGAUGAAGAAUAAUUUCCUUAUAAGUGGGCUUGCUAUCCUUGUCAAAAACACAUACAAAUGACCAUAAAUAUGGCUAAGUUUUGAUUCUUGAGCUUUAUUCCAUUGUCCUAUGUGUUUCUCUUCAUAUGCCAGUACCAUGCUGUCUUAAUGAUUGUAGCUCUAUAGUAAGUUUUGAACUUAGGAUGUGUUAGUUCUCUAGCUUUGUUCUAUAUUAAGAUCAUUUUACCUAUUCUGGGUCCCUUGCAUUCCACAUGGAUUUUAGGAUCUAUUUGUUAAUUUCUACAUAAAAAGCACCUGUGAUUUUGAUAGUUUUUGUGUUGAAUCGAUGCAUCAGAUUGUCGUAUGUUGGUAUUUUAACAGUAUUAAAUUUUCUAAUCCAUAAACAUGAAGUGUCUUUCCAUUUAUUUAGGUCUGUAAUUUCUUUCAAUGCUGUUUUAUAGAUUUCAGUGUAUACAUCUUUGAUUUUUUUUUUGAGUUAAAUGUUUUUCACUUGAUGCUAUUACAACUUUUUUUUAAAAAAAUAUUUGUUUGGAUUACACAUUGCUACAUCUAGAAAGAAUUGAUUUUUGUAUAUUAAUCUUACAUACUGUAGCUAUUCUGAGCUGAAUCUGUUUUUAAUUUUUUUAAUACAAGAUUGUGCAUCUGUGAAUAUAAAUAUUGUUUCCUCUCCAAUCUGGGUUCUUUUUAUUUGAUUUCCCUGCCUAAGUGCCCUGGCUAGCACGUCCAAGUAUAAUAUUAAACAGAAGUGGCAAGAGUGUACAUCUUUUUCUUGUUUCUGAUUGUAGUGGGAAAGCAUUAGGUCUUUCACCAUUAAAUAUGAUGUUAGCUGUGGGAUUUUUAUAGAUGUUGCAAAUUGAGAAAUAUUCCAUCUAUUCCUACCUGAGUUUUUUUUUUUUAAUAAUAAAAAAAGAGUAUUGAAUUUUGUCAAAUGCUUCUGUAUCUAAUAAGGUUGUCAUGUAGUUUUUGUCCUUUAUUCUAUUGAUAUGUUGUAUUACAUUGAUGGAAUUUUGUAUUGAAAGAACCUUGCAUUCCUGGAAUAACCCUACUUGUCUAUGCUACAUAAACCAUUUUCUAUGCU